CGCCCAGCAGUGAGGUCUCCGCGCUCUCGGGGCGCGCCGGAUGAGGCGGGGCUUGGGCGGCUUCUCCCGCGGCCGGAGCCAUGGCGCUGUCCUGCCUGCAGCGCAUCGAGCUCGUGGUGUUCGCCGCUGCCUUCCUGUGCGGGGCCCUGGCGGCAGCAACGCUAACCCGAACGCAGGCCUCCUUCAGCGGCAGCUGUCCCCUGUAUGGUGUGGCCUCCCUGAAUCACUCUAUCCUGGCUUUAUCCCGAGGCUCAGCUCCCUCCCUCUGCUACUUUGUGGCUGGGGCCUCUGGCCUCCUGGCCCUCUACUGUCUCCUGCUGCUGCUCUUCUGGGUCUACAGCAGCUGCAUCGAGGACGCCCAAAGAGGCCGGGUAGGGCUUCGCAUUGCACUGGCCAUCUCGGCUAUGGCCGUCUUCCUGGUCUUAGUGUCUGCCUGUGUCCUCCGAUUUGGCACCAGUUCGCUCUGCAGCUCCAUCAUCUCUCAGAACACUACAGUUAGCUGCUUUGAAGCCCAGAAAAUUCCUUGGACACCCCCUGGAACCGCUCUUCAUUUUUACUCCAACCUACACAAUGCUGAAAACUCUUCUUGGGUGAAUCUGUUAUUGUGGUGUGUGGUCCUGGUGCUCCAGGUCGUGCAAUUGAAGUCUGAAGCAACCCCAUACCGGCUUCUGGAGAGGGGGGACCCUGAGUGGAGCUCUGAAACAGAUGUUCUAGUUGGGCCCCGCCUUUCUCAUUCCUGAAGAGUAACCAAAGUGCUGCAGCCAAAGGCUUCCUGCCCAAGUGCCUGCCGUCCUCUUGCCCCCACUCAGCCCUGUUUAUACUGAGAGCAUUUUCCCUCCAAGAGGGAAACAUGACAGGCCUCCCCCGUCUUCCUUCUUACAGCUGUUUUUGUAUCAAUAUUAUAUUACUCUCUUCCUUCAUCUUGAUACUGAGUUCUGACUGUUAAAGCACUGUAGGUAGGUGGGUGGGAGGAAAGAGUAAAGGCUAAACAUCAAAACUCGGGGGUACAUUCAGGUGCCUGCCAUUGGAAUGACUAUUUGUUGUUCAUGAAUCUUGGGCCCCCUGUAUUACUCUCAUUGUCACCCCAUCCCUAAGGUUAAUUUUUCUUUUUUAAUUCUCACCCAAGGACAUGUUUUUACUGACUUUGGGGAGAGAAACAUAAGUCGGUUACCUCCCAUAUGCACCAUGACCAGGGAUGGAACCCACAAUCUGGGUAUAUGCCCUGACUGGGAA